AUGUCUGGCAUAGCCCUGAGCAGACUUGCGCAGGAGAGGAAAGCUUGGAGAAAAGACCAUCCUUUUGGUUUUGUGGCAGUACCAACAAAAAAUCCAGAUGGUACAAUGAACUUGAUGAACUGGGAGUGUGCCAUUCCAGGCAAGAAAGGGACCCCUUGGGAAGGAGGAUUAUUUAAACUUCGGAUGCUGUUUAAGGAUGAUUAUCCCUCCUCGCCUCCGAAAUGUAAAUUUGAGCCUCCUUUAUUCCACCCAAAUGUUUAUCCUUCAGGCACAGUGUGUCUGUCUAUCUUAGAAGAAGAUAAGGAUUGGAGGCCAGCAAUCACAAUUAAACAGAUCUUGUUAGGAAUACAAGAACUUCUAAAUGAACCAAAUAUACAAGAUCCAGCUCAAGCAGAGGCAUACACAAUUUACUGCCAAAACAGAGUUGAAUAUGAAAAAAGAGUCAGAGCACAAGCCAAGAAGUUUGCUCCAUCAUAA